GCGCGCAACAGAGUCCUAGGGCUCUAGAUGGAAGAAACUGAGACUCGGAUGCGUCUGAUGUGCUGUUGUUAGUUAUUCUGUCUGGAGCCGAUUUAUAUAGUUAACAUGUUUCCUGCUGCAGUUCUGGGAUUAAAUUUAAACUGAGACCGAGAAAGCAGAAGGUUGUGUGUUGUGUGUUUAUGUAUGAGCGAGGGUGAGUGUGUUGAGAUGAGUGCAGGUGAUGAAGAGGGCGGUUUACGCCCAUACAGUCUAAAUGUGAAGAAGGUCUACAGUGAGAGCGCAGAAGAACUCCAGUCCCCCGAAGCUCUGAGGAGCAGCGCUAUGUCACCUGACCUGAGGCAGGACUUCAACAUGAUGGAGCAGAGAAAGAGAGUUACACAGAUUCUACGGAGUCCAGACUUUAAGGAGGAGCUGGAGUGCAUGGUAAAGGAGCAGUGCUCCAAAGGCAGUAACUCCAGUGGUCUCCUCGGUCACCUCGCACAACUGAUCAUCAGCAAUACACUUAGCAACACUGGAGUAUACAGUCCCAGCAGUGCAGGGUCAGUUAGUCCAGUGAAUGAUCUGUGUGGUGUGGAGUGGUUUAAUUGUUCUAAAGCUGAGAGGCAGGGCCGCUGUAAACUCGCCUGCUUGUACCGGCUGCUAGACCUAUACGGACAUACCCACUUCCCUAAUACGUAUAUAACUCUGCGUAUCAGUAAAGAGCAGGAUCAUAUUCUUAUUCUUCCUAAAGGACUGUCGUUCUUAGAGGCCACAGCAGCUAGUCUGGUGAAGGUGAAUCUGAUUGGUGAGGUGGUUGAUCAGGGGGUCACUGCAUUACCUGUGGAUGUUUUGGGAUUCAAACCACAUUCUGCAGUGUAUUCUGCCCGACCAGAUGCCAAAUGUGUUAUUCAUACAUACACACCAACUACAGCUGCCGUCUCUUCUAUGAAAUGUGGCAUCUUACCCAUUUCCCAUGAAGCUUUGCUGCUGGGGGAGGUGUCUUAUUUUAGCUACCAUGGUGAUUUAGCCAACGAGCAGGAGAAGAUGGAACUUCAGAAAGCUCUUGGUCCCACUGCCAAGGUUUUGGUCCUGAGGAAUCAGGGUUUACUGGCAUUUGGAGAGACAACAGAGGAAGCUUUUCAUUAUCUUUACCACAGCCACCAAGCUUGUGAGAUACAGGUUAGCGCUCUGUUAUGCGCAGGUGGUGUUGACAACCUGUGCUUGUUAGACCGAACAAGUCUGAAAACUGCUCCCAUGAAAAAUUCUAGUGGACAAAUGCCAGAUGGACAGAUCAGAUGGAGGGUUGGAGAGGCAGAAUUCGAGUCACUUAUGAGGAUGUUAGAUAACUUAGGUUACAGAACAGGUUACACUUACAGGCAUCCCAUAGUUAAAGAGAAGCCUCGACACCACAACGAUGUGGAGAUCCCAGCGACCAUCACAGCGGUGGGACUAGAGGAAAAGGACGUCCUUCCACAGAGUCCGUUGCAUUUCCUGGCACAGAAGCGGGACAGGGAGAGGAUACGAUGGCUGAACUCACCAAACUGCUACAUGAAAGUCAACGUACCUGAGGAGUCCAUCAACGGGACCUGCAGCCCCCGGACAAAAACCAUGUGGAUGAAGUUAGAAGAGUCAGGCAGCUGCAAAGACACCCCAAUAAGGAUUGAAGACCCCAACCAGUUUGUCCCACUUAAUACUAACCCCAGUGAAGUACUGGAAAAAAGAAAUAAGAUUCGGGAGCAGAACAGAGUAGAUCUGAUGACAGCUGGACCCAAGUCUCAGCUACUGGCAGACAUUGUUAUUGACAAGCCUCCUGGACCAGCAUUCAUCUACGAGGAUGAGGAGCAGAGAGCUGCUCAACCACCCAACCCUUUUAACCAAUCAGAGACAGAGAUACAUGAAUACACACAAACUGUGGAGAAUAAGAACAGCCAAUCAGCUCUUCAGUCAGAGGCAGAUGAGGAAUUCACAGAUGGAGAAAUGACUACAUAUGACGGCUCCACAGUGUCCCUGUCAAUCUCACCUCUCAUGAGCCCUGAAAGAGGAGAUAGUCUUUCAGCUCUGCUGCAGAGCAGCGAUGGUGAUGACCUGACGCAGGAUGAUGACCUCACUCUACAGGUCACAGAGCUCAGCAUCACUAAAGAGAUGCAGGUCUCCAUAACAACUACCGUGGCCAACAACAUUUCAGUCACCAGCUCUUCAGAAAGUCAGCCAAAGUCACCCAAAAAGAAGAAAAAGAAGUUUCGUACUCCUUCCUUCCUGCGGAUGACCAAAAAGAAAGAGAAAAGAGACAAGGAGAAAGGAAAAGACAAAGAGAAAGAAGAAAAGGAGAUCGAAGAAGAAAAGGAAUGCAAGAAGGACUGAGUAAAUGUUAGAAAAGUGACUAUGCAGGGGCUUGUGGGUAAUGUAGUUUCAGGAGGGCCAAAUGUUAAAAUGCGAUGGCUAGCAGAAACAGGGAUAUUAACAUCAAAGCAAUGACUUGUGUGAUUGUAAAACAUAAUAUUUCAACAAAUAGCCUAAGAAUAUCCUCCUACACUUUUAUAAACUGUACAUAAAUGCACAUACUAUCAGCAGACUGAGUGAAAAAUU